CCUCCUUUUGCGAUUUCGCUCCGUCACUAUUUCAUUUCCCCCUUCACUUUUCAACCUCCUACCACUUUUAACACUAAAUUCCCUCCCACUUCUUUCCUUCUUCCUAAUCACAAACUCUCUCAACAACUGAAUCCUCUUUUGUCGUUGCCAUCGCACAGAUUAUCAAAAUGGGUCACGAAGAUGCUGUUUACCUGGCCAAGCUCGCCGAGCAGGCUGAACGCUAUGAGGAAAUGGUUGAGAACAUGAAGGUUGUCGCCGCCUCUGACGUAGAGCUCACUGUGGAAGAGCGGAAUCUGCUUUCUGUUGCCUACAAGAACGUCAUCGGCGCCCGCCGUGCGUCCUGGAGAAUUGUUACCUCCAUCGAACAAAAAGAGGAGUCCAAGGGCAACGAGUCCCAAGUUGCUCUCAUUAAGGAGUACCGCCAGAAGAUUGAGGGCGAGCUCGCCAAAAUCUGCCAGGACAUCCUGGACGUUCUCGACCAGCACCUGAUCAAGUCCGCUCAGAGCGGCGAGUCCAAGGUCUUCUACCACAAGAUGAAGGGUGACUACCACCGUUACCUUGCCGAGUUCGCUGUUGGCGACAACCGCAAGGCUGCGGCCGACGCCUCCCUGGAGGCCUACAAGUCUGCCACCGAAGUCGCUCAGACCGACCUUGCCCCUACUCACCCCAUCCGUCUCGGCUUGGCCCUUAACUUCUCUGUCUUCUACUACGAGAUUCUCAACUCUCCCGACCAGGCUUGCCACCUCGCCAAGCUUGCUUUCGACGAUGCUAUUGCCGAGCUUGACACCCUGAGCGAAGAGAGCUACAAGGACUCCACUCUUAUUAUGCAGCUUCUCAGGGAUAACCUGACUCUCUGGACCUCCUCUGAGGCCGAACCCGCUGCAGAGAAUGCCCCCGCCGAAAAGAAGGAGGAAGCCCCCGCCGCUGAGGGCGAGGAGAAGCCCGCUGAAUAAAGAAAACAUGGUGGUCGCGUGCCGGUCAUGGAUGCUAGACCAAUCAUUGGAAACCGGGCUAGGCUGUCCGUGGAAAGUGUUGAGGGACUUUACUGAAGGUCUUGAGGAACGAAGGGAGAUGUACGGUCACAAUUCCAUCGGCGUGCGUGUUUAACAUGAAGCUUUGGGACAUGGCCGGUCGCGGUGCUUCUUUCGCUUCCUUGCGCUUCAAUGGCCCUUUUCUUCCUACGAUGACAGCAUGGCUGGUGGAUCGGUUGUCUCCAUCCGCGGCACGUCGAUUCAUAUAUUCCGUUGGUCGCUUUUAAUUUACAUUUUGCCUAUUACCUCGUCUCAAAGAAUACCUUUCCCUUACCACCCUCCCCCAUCGGAUCGCUUCCCAUUCCCAAGCCUUGACUAUGUUAUGAAAUUUGUCUUGGUCCUACCUCUUUUGUGCCACCUGGCGUUUGUUGUCGCCUUAGCUCGAGUUUAGAUCUCAGUCCGACAGUGGCUUAAAGAAAGUUGAAAUUCA